AUUUAUUUCCACUAGCUUAAGGUUGCAAAUUCUCGUAUUGUGUGCAUUUACCUGUAAAAAUAUAUCAACACAAUCAAAUGCAGCAACAAAACCCGACGUUUUUUAUAAACUUCAGGAAUCAUUGCCGCUUUUGCGGUCAAGAGCUCCAGCCUUACCAGAUGCUGAACAUGAACUCGAUCUGUGAUACUCAGGCGGGGCGUUCAUUCUUUGAUUGCCACCAGAUGUGUUCUGGCAAGGAUCUACGUCAGUGCCCAAACAGCGCCCAACCGUUGUGCAACGACUGCGGUGAGAAGCUUAAAUGCUUCUACGAUUAUUGCAAGGCCAUGGCUACGUACGUUAAAGAGGAAGAGAAGGCUGCAAAAGCGGAAACCGAGCAGAUGCCGAUGGCCAAUCAGCAGAUUUUUGACGAGGCUCAGGAUACCAAACCCCAAGCCAUGACAGAUACCGAUCUGAUGACAAAGCACGAGACUGCUGAAAAAGAUGGACAACCUGUGCCUCAAUUCAGCUGCAAGAUAUGCCACAAGGCUUUCAAUCGGAAACGAUAUUUGAGUCGGCAUCAGCACCUACAUGACGCUAAUCGUCCGUUCCACAGUUGUCAGCAAUGCAACUCAAUGUUCGCCAGCAAAUAUUCAUUGAGCAGACACGUGAAGAACCAGCACUGUGAUUUCUGCAAAAAGAAAUUUGGCGUAGCUAGAUGCCUCAAGAUCCACACUAAAGAGAACCAGCACUUGGCCACAAGUGCAGUUACUGCGAAAAAAACUUAGAUCUCGGAUCACUGCACGUUCACAUUGAGCGCCAGCACGGCAUUAGCCUGGAGCUGCAGGAGCUGAAUGCGAUGUCUGCGUCCCACAAUAUUCGCUAAAAGUUGG